AUAAAAUAUAAAAAUAUAGGUACCAAAUUGUAAUUUGCUAUUUGGAUCCAUGGAUUGAUUCAUGAAUCCACCAAUCCAAUUGGAUUUGGAUCAAAUGGAUUGGAUUUAAAUGGAUUGGAUUAAGUGAAUAAUUUGAUGGAUGGAUUGGAUUUGAUUCAUGGAUUUGGAUCCUAAUUGCCACCUCUACCUUUGAUGAAUGCACAUAUGAAGCUAACCAUAGUUACUUACAUAGCUCACUUUCACAAGGCAAACAUAUAUGUACUUAUUAAUCGCACUUUGAGAGAAAUAUGAUCCAAUAAGAGAUUACUUAUUUUCGAAUUUUAUUUGAGUAAUAUGUAUUAUCAAUGUUUUUUUUUUUGUUUAAAACAAUAUGCUAACCAUAGAAUGUUGAAUGAAACAAACUCUCUAAAAGAGUUCAUUAUAGAGCUUUACGAGUCACGCCGUCAUCCUAUGGACAACCCAACAUGCGGCUCGUGGGACCGUCAUAAAGACUACACUAUCGUAAAGAUAGGAUAGGAGACCAAAAGACGCGCAAAACAGGGGCACGCCUAAAGGACCAUCGACCACACCUUGAUGAAAUUGAUGGAUUGUCAUCUAAGAAAUCACCUUUUGGACACACAAACAACUAGGAGAGUCAUUAUAUAGCAGCAAGGAGCUUGGCAACAUACUACAAACUACGUGAGUAGAUUAUUAUUAGAGUCCAUAAAUCUCGGAGGUUCAAUUAUGGUCUAUGAAGACAGGUUGUAUAGACUCUUUCAUUUUUGGUGAUCAUAUUAUUCAAGUGGAUCAUAACAAAGACUACAAAUAAUCAACGAGUGGGUUGCUUGCAAUGCAAUUAAUCAAAUGAGACAUAAUUAAUAAGCUAGUAUGCACCAAUUGUCUAACGUUUUAACACAAUUUGUUGUGUCUCAUAAAAAAGGACACUUUUUUUUGUGUGCAGGAAGGUAAGCAAGGCUACAGAACUGGAUCAAUCGGUCAUGGGCAGGCCGUAAACCGUUCAUGCACUCAAUACAUAUUUAGGCCCAUUUAACGAGAAAUAAGCUAGCGCUAAGCUCAUCAGAUCAAACGAAAGAUAGAGCUGGGCUACUUAGACAAGGCUUUUGUCCGUACAGAUGGCCCCUAACAAAAACAGAAGCCAGAAUCAUCCAGUCUCUCUUAAAGUUUACCAAAUAUUCAGAAAUCACACGUUGCAAGCAAUGGUUAUUUACUUUUAAUCAGACACAAUAACGGACGUUGUACCACAUAUGUUAUUAGUAGAAUUUCAUACUUAAUCCGUGGUUUAAUUAUGGUUCACUCGUUCUGUACACGUAAAUCAUAUGAAAGUUUGGACACAGUAGAUAAUUUGGGUUCGGAAUUUGGUUUUUGGAUUGAAUAUCCUUCACCCAUAUGUACCAAAAUUCCAUGACCAACAGUCAUCUAUUUUCCGUCGAAUAUCAAAACGACUAAGUUUACGGCCCACAUCUCCCGUCCAAUCCGAACCCCCAAUGAGAAUAGGAAGACGUAUCCCCCGAUCGUAAAGCGCCUCCCUCCACCUUCUAUCUUGCCCCGCCACCGCGCCUAUAUAAUUCAAAUUUCAACCCCACCCCUUAACUUCAAAAUCUAAUUCUACCAUCCUUCCGAUCAAUAUUCCCAUUUCCCAACAAUGGCGCGACCAACUCCCUCCACGGCUUUCUUCUUAUGUAUAGCCGCCGCCGCCCUCAUUCUCUCAACCGUCGCCGACGCUCGCUACGAUCUCCCCGAUUUCCAGGUGAAAAAACCCACCACAACGACCGAUGAUCCCAUCCUCCUCCUCCCGAGCGAGAAGCCAGCCGCCGCGCACGCGGGAGAUCUGCAGGACGCAGCCGAGCCGGCGAAGCAGGAGGAGGAAGAAAAGAAGACGGUGGAGGAAGAGGUUCCCUUGACGGCAGUUAGAUUCCGUCCAAUCAACCGUCACUUCGCCAUCCGUCCAAUCCACCUUGUCCACCGCGGCGGGGCCCAGAGGUGCCACCACGGCCAAAUCGUCAGCGGGCUCAGGCCGUGGACCCCGCGUUACGGCCACCACCCUUACGGUGGCCAGGAUUUGAAUUCGGUCAAUCCGCCGUUGCGAUGGGGGCAGCCUGCUGACUACAAGCAUAAGAGGCCCGCAGUCAUCGAUCUCAGCAACGACGUUAUAUUCCCUGACGGGAUCGAGAGGCCCCGCCGCGGCGAUGCCGAGCAUCGGAACGAGAACAUGGUCCUCAACAAGAUUCGCAAGUUUCUGCACCAAUUUUGAAGGCAGGAUACAUCCAUGGGAAUUCGAAUUUCGCCUACACGGCAAGGAAUUAUUCUUCCCUUAAAAAAAAAGGUGUAUCUUUAGAUAGUUGUAAUUACUCUAUUAUUAUUCGGGUUCCCCCAACUGAACUUGCUCGCUGAAAUAUUUGCUUUCAGCUAUUUUAUUGUAAUUAAUUCGAUAUUCUGAUAUUCGGAAUGAAAUGUAUUACCUUUUGUGUUAUAAAUCUGAAUCGUCCCAAUCCCUUUUCACCCGGCGAAGGCCGAAAUGAGCCAAUUAUAUGGAUGUUACGAUGAGAUUGAUAAAUUUACAAACUGAAUCAAUUGAAUUUGGUAUUCGAAACUCGAAUUAGAAUGAACAUUGAUUUGAUUU